AUGGACGGGUUCGUGGUUAAGGUGCCCCGCAGGCAGGCGGGGGGCGGUGGCGGGCAGGGGCGGCGGCCCGAGGAGGCCGGGCCGGGCCGGCCCCCCCCGCGGCAGAUCCGCGCCGAGGGGCUGCGCUGUGACUAUCGCAUCCUCUUCCCCAAGGCCGAGGCCGACGAGAUCUUCCAGCAGCUGGAGGAGGAGGUGCAGUAUUUCGAAGAUGACCUGACAAAAUUGCACAUAUUUGGCACAUGGCACAACAUCCCAAGGAAGCUGGUGACCUACGGAGACCCUGAGUUGUCCUACACUUACUCAGGUGUGACCUUCCAUCCCAAGCCAUGGAUCCCAGUCCUGAACCGCAUCCGGGAGCGAAUCACUCUGGCCACAGGACACACCUUUAACUUUGUCCUUAUCAACAGGUACAAAGACGGCCUGGACCACAUCGGGGAGCACCGAGAUGAUGAGAGCGAGCUGGUUCCCCGCAGUCCCAUUGCAUCCGUGUCCUUUGGAGCAUGCAGGGAUUUCAUCUUCCGGCACAGGGAUUGCAGGAGGAAGGGGCUGAAACGGGGCCUGGAGCGGAUCAAGCUGGAGCUGGCCCACGGCAGCCUCCUCAUGAUGAACCACCCCACCAACGUGUACUGGUACCACAGCCUGCCCCCCAGGAGGAGGGUCAUCACCCCCAGGGUCAACCUCACCUUCAGGAAAGUCAUGGCUGGGGACAGAAAGAGAAAUAUCCACCCAUCAGGGACUUCUGACUGAAAACAGAAGCUUUAGUUCCUGGUAGACCUGUUGGUUCCUCAUUCAAACACUGGCUGUGGUGAUCCAAGGGACUGGAUGAGCAAACUGAACUGAGAGACAGUGGACUUGGUAAUUGCUAAUAAAGCCUGUGACCACCGAUCUCGAUGCCAAGAUGGCUUUCCCUCUGUGAAAUGCUGCUGAUAAAUAUUUUUGGUAAAUAAUACCUUUGUUUUGCUCAGGAGGAAGUUUGUUCUCAGCUGAUCUUAAUCUAAUUAGUGCUCCUAAAAAAUCAAAAUACUCCAUAGCCUCGAGUUACAGUUUACAAACACUAUAAAGCACAAGCUGUAAUCAUUUAAAGCUGAUACUCUUUAGCAGGUGACACUUUCCUGUAUUCUCUCUCAAUGAGCUUUAGAUUGUUUUGUUUUUUAUUUAAAUAAAGUACAAAUAAGACUGA